ACAACACGCAUGCGUACACAGGCGUUCACCCUAGGACAGAUGUUUCGGUAGCCUUCGGAGUAAAACACAAUGGAUUAAUGUUAAAAAAAUAUAUAUAUAUGUUGUGUGAACGGAACGGAUAUUAAGUGACACAAAGAGAUCAUUUUAUUCAUGACAGCAUAAACUUUUUUCAGUAAACUUCGAAUCAUAUCAAGCUAGCUUAGCUUGCUAGCUGCUAGCAAAGAGACCCGGAAGUUGUCGACUCAUCGCCAAGCAGAGCUCAAUCGUGAGUGUUAAGUGUUGUGAUUGUGUGAAAGUGUGUAAAAUACAAAUGAUGAGAGCGUCGGUGAAUCAGCGACUAAUCGUGGCUGCUGAAGAAUAUUUUAGAGUGAGAAAGAACGAUAAAAGAGUACGAGACAGGACGACGUUUUGAAGACGCCUCGAGUUGUGUUGUGUUACACAGACAAGACAUCAGUGACAAAACAUCUCCCCCCUGAGCAACAGGAGUUGAACUCCUGGAUGGAGCAGGGAGAGCCACAACAUCCUCACUUCAAAGAAGAGGAGGAAGAGCCACAGUACCACAAUGUUAAAGCGGAAGAGGCGGAGUCACAGCCCCCUUACAUUAAAAAGGAAGAGGCGGAGUCACUGCCCCCUUACAUUAAAGAGGAAGAGGAGGAUUACUGCAUCAGUCAGGAGGGAGAGCAUCUUGAAGGACUGGAGGAGUUCCCAGUGAUUGUUGUCCCUGUGAAGAGUGAAGAUGAUGAAGACCAAGGUCAAAGUGAGGAAGAGAGAGAGAUGGAGUCUCCAAGCAGCAGCUCCACUCGUCACAUGGCAACAGAAGCUGAUGGAGACCACUGUGGAGGAUCACAAGAAGACAACCUCUUAGCUCCACUAUCAGAUAGCGACGACAUAACGUCACACUCUCCUGACACUGAUGAUGAAGACUCUGAAGCUGACAUGACAUGUCACACUGACAACACACGCUGGAAAUGCUCUCAAUGCGACAAAACCUUUGUUAAAAAGGGAUAUCUGAAAAUACACAUGAGACAUCACACUGGAGAGAAACCUUUUGCUUGCUCAGUUUGCAAUAAAAGGUUCAUUGCGAAGCCGUAUUUGAAAGAUCACACAAGAAUACACACCGGAGUGAAACCUUAUCCUUGCUCGGCGUGCGGGAAAAGAUUCUAUCAAAAAUAUCAAUUGAAAAAACACAUGAAAAUCCACACUGGAGAGAAACCUCUUUCCUGCUCAGUUUGUGGUAAGAGAUUCAUUAAGAAGUCAAAUUUGGAUGAUCACACAAGAAUACACACUGGGGAGAAACCCUUUUCUUGCUCAGUUUGUGGUAAAACAUUCUGCUUAAAGGGUAAUUUAAAAAGACACACGUCAAUACACACUGGAGAGAAACCUUUUCCUUGUAUUGUUUGUGGUAAAAAAUUCUUUCAACCAAGUCUGUUAAAAAGACACGCAAUCGUACACACUAGAGAGAACCCUUAUUCUUGAGCAGGUCAAAGUUUCUCUCGGAAGAUACAUUUGAAAGUACACACAAUUUUACACACAGUACACACAGUAAAAACAUGGCAACCAUCUUUGACUUAUUAAUUACUCUUAUUGAUGAUGAUAACAUGCUUAACGUGUGAUUCAAAUGUUUAAGAUACUCUUGUUAAUUGGAUUAGUUUCAGAUUAACUGAUUAAUCUGGUUAAAAAUUGUAAUUAUUUGACAGCCCUUUGAUAGAUGGUAAUGAUAGGGAGGUUCAUGCCUGCCCAAAAUACACCUAAUGACGUCCGUGGCUCCCCUCGUGUCCUGUGAUU